UGCCAGUAGUGUGUCCAGCGAUGUCCCUUUACACGGUCCCUGUGUAGAAAUUCGGAUAAACAGAGCGGAGUAUCGGACAGCAGCCACCAGGCAUGGUGGACACAGAAGUAACUUUAAUAUAACAAAUAAGGUAAGUUAAGUCACCCAGAAGAUGCCUCUUCACGGGAAAAUAGUUGUCAUCCGGAGAGGCGGCGGGGAUGGCACUGAAUUUCCCCUCACGGCGGCAUGUCUGUUUGGAAGAAAAAUAGAUUGUGACAUUCGUAUUCAGCUGCCCCAGGUGUCUAAAGAACAUUGCAGGGUUGAGAUAAACGAGAAUAAAGAGGUUGUCUUGACCAAUUUGAGUUCAGUUAACCCCACUUGCAUCAAUGGUGUGCCUAUGCAGCAGUCUGAACGACUGAAGGACGGCGAUGUAUUUACCAUUAUCGAUCGCUCUUUUAGGUUUGAAGCUCCUCCUCCACCCACUCCAAAGAAAAAGAGGGUGUCUACGUCAGGAAAGGGAGAAACUCUUCAGGUUUUACAAGAACAUCAAGGAAGAGAUUCAUCAGCUGAGAAAAAGUCCAUCUCGGCCUCUGACUCCUGUCUGAAAGAUGGAUCCAAAAUUGCCAACUCCAUGGCCCAAACAGUGGAGGCAACCAAGGAGAUGGUCACUAUGGACACGACCAAAUCCGGCAAAGAUGCCCAGUCUCCUUUCUCUGAGCUGUAUCAGAUGAUCAAGCAAGAUCUGGACCCCAAGUCUCCAUGGAAGAGCUCUGGGGGUCAAGGCAAAACUCCACUGUCCAAGCGUAACUCGCGAAAGCCAGCGACGCCCAAGGUCUCAGACGAGGAUGCCUCCACGCCCGUGGACGUCAAAGGCACUCCGCAGAAGACGAAGACUGCCCUGCCGGCCACACCGGCAGAGAAAGAGGCCGCCUCCGUAGCCACGACGCCCAAGUCGGCGCAGAAGAAACGCAGAUCAGUGGGUCAGCCCGACGCGGGACCAGAACCAGCUGCGGCAUGCGCGUCGGAACAGCCGGCCGCUGUGGAGGAAACGUCCCAGCAGGCCGAUGCUCCGGCAGCACCGGUGACCCCUGGCACCCCAGGGACGAAGAAGCGCUCGUGCCCCAGCACCCCCACUCCGGCCUCGGGGAAGAAGAGCCUGCCGCAGACGCCCCAGAAGUUCAGCGCAGACGAGGUGGUCCAGCAGAUCCUGUCCGACCCCCAGAGCGCUGAGAAGCCCAGCAAGCCUCCAAAGUCUCCCAAGAGAAGGAGCAGCGCCACCGCCAAACCGGACCCCUCCCCGGUGGAGGUCACUGCGAGUGCCCCUGCCGAGGCGUCCCAGGAAGUGAAGCAGUCGCCCAGGACCUCCCCCAGGGCCAACGCAGGCCAGAGGCUCAGGGUGCAGGACGUGCUGCAGCAGAUCGAGCUGUCCACGCCAUCAAGGACCAAAGGCGACAAGCCCUCGUCCAGCAAGAAGCGUAAGAGUGGGGACCUCGACGGACCCACCCCACUGGCCAAGAAGAAGCGCGUGUCCUUCGGUGGUCAGCUGAGCCCGGAGCUGUUUGACAAGCGGCUGCCCCCCGACUCCCCACUCCGCCGCGGUGCCACCCCACGCCGCUGCAGCCUGGGCGCCGCACUCGUCCACACGCCCAAGUCUCUGCUCCGCAGGGCCUCCAUGGGCCUCACGCAGAGUCGGAGGCUUGGAGAGACCAUCCUGGAAAGCCCCAAAGCCAAAGCAAGUCCUGUGAAAAAAGCCAAGACUCCCUCGCCGGCAAAGAAAUCUCCCAAAGCCAAGACUCCAUCUCCUAGAAAGCAAGCGGGCACUCCUACCAAGAAGUCGGCUGCCGCCACCACCUCGCCCAAACGUCAGUCUCCUGCCAAGCAGAAGAGUCCCGCAAAAGCAGACCAACAAACCCCCAAAGGCAGGAAGUCUCCUUCCCCCGCCAAAGAGAAGUCCCCAGCGGGCAAAGCCAGUCCUGCCAGUUCUCCUUCCUCAGGUCGGAGGUCACCUAGCCAGACGCCCACCGUGUCGGGCCGCUUCUCCAUCUCCCGCAUCAGCACACCGUCGCCCCAGCCUGAGAGCGCCACGCCGAAGAUCCCCCUGAAGAGGAGGAGCAUCAAGGAGUCCGCCAAGAAGACCUCCAGGAAGAGCCUGGGCAAGGCCACGCUGGACGGCAUCCGCAGACGCAGCGGAGCGUCCAGGGCCAACCUCAAAGUGGUGAAGUCCUUUGCGGAUAUUGUGAAGUUUGGCCAAACCAAAACCCAGACCGAGGUUGCUGCCAAGAAGCCAGCCGCUAAAGUCAAAGUGGCGAAGAAGGCUGUGGCAACAAAACCGAAGACCCCAAAACCGAAGACUCCAGCUAGGCGGCUGCAGGAGCACACCAGCACUGGGCAUGCCAACUCUCCUGCCACCAUCGUAGUGGGCAGGGCCCAGCUCAGGGCUGCGCAGGUGGCAUGCGGCGCCCCGAAGAUGGUGCCCAACGUCGCCCUUGCCAGGAUCGACAUGAAGAUGGACGAGGAUUUCUCAGGGGUUUCAGAUAUCUUUAAAACUCCCGCAAACCACAAGCAAAGAGCAUCCAGCAGAAAGCGCGUCAUCCCUGGCACUCCUCUGCUGUCGGCCCCUACGGCUGAGCUGUCUCUGAUGAAAACUCCGGAGGAGACUGGUGAGAUGGUGGUGUCUCCCCUGAGCGUGGCGUCCACUGCCAAGCGUAGUGGCUACAACAGCGAAGCGGUCAACCGCUUCCUUCAGGACGAACAGGAAGCCAGCUUCGUUGCCGAGGAGACCAGUUUUGUCACCGAGGACACGAUGUCUGCAGGACAAGAUGAACCCUCUGAUGCGUCAGUGACCCAGACACCUGGUCAGAAGGCCGAGCCUGCCGCCGCCACCUGCCUCACCGGAGUCAAGCACAUCCUCAAGACCCCCAAACAGAAGGCCGAGCCCGUGGAGGACCUGAGAGGCAAGCUGCUCAAGACUCCGCGACAGCCCAAAGCCCCCCAGGAGAUGUGUCUGACCGGCGUGAAGGAGCUGCUCAAGACCCCCAAACAGAAGGCCACCCCUGUGGAGGACCUGACGGGCAUCCAGAGGAUUACCAAGACCCCCAGAGAGAAGUGCGACAGCCCGGUGUUGUGUGCGGCCGCCCUGAAGAGGCUGGUGAAGACCCCGAGGCAGAAGGCCGAGCCGGCCGAGGAAGACCUCUCGGGAGUCAAGCACCUCCUGAAGACCCCAAAGACGAGAGGAGAGCCCGUCCAGGAGAAGUUUGGCCUCAGCAAGCUCAUGAAGACGCCCAGGCAGAAGGGAGCUGCAGCCGUAGAGGACAUCGGAGGCCUGGAGGAACUAAUGCAGGAACCAGAGGAGCCCGAGGAACUAAUGCAGGAACCAGAGGAGCCCGAAACACGCAUCACAGAGGCUGUUGAGGUCCAGGAGGCCGUGGCUGCUCCAGAGUGUGCUGCUGAGGAGCUGCCCGAGGCCCUUGAAGUCACGGCCUCAGAGGAGCUGGUGGAGGCCGACGUUGUCCAGGAGAAGGCACCAGAGGCCUCAGAGGAGCUGGUGGAGGCCGACGUUGUCCAGGAGAAGGCACCAGAGGCCUCAGAGGAGCUGGUGGAGGCCGACGUUGUCCAGGAGAAGGCACCAGAGGCCUCAGAGGAGCUGGUGGAGGCCGACGUUGUCCAGGAGAAGGCACCAGAGGCCUCAGAGGAGCUGGUGGAGGCCGACGUUGUCCAGGAGAAGGCACCAGAGGCCUCAGAGGAGCUGGUGGAGGCCGACGUUGUCCAGGAGAAGGCACCAGAGGCCUCAGAGGAGCUGGUGGAGGCCGACGUUGUCCAGGAGAAGGCACCAGAGGCCUCAGAGGAGCUGGUGGAGGCCGACGUUGUCCAGGAGAAGGCACCAGAGGCCUCAGAGGAGCUGGUGGAGGCCGACGUUGUCCAGGAGAAGGCACCAGAGGCCUCAGAGGAGCUGGUGGAGGCCGACGUUGUCCAGGAGAAGGCACCAGAGGCCUCAGAGGAGCUGGUGGAGGCCGACGUUGUCCAGGAGAAGGCACCAGAGGCCUCAGAGGAGCUGGUGGAGGCCGACGUUGUCCAGGAGAAGGCACCAGAGGCCUCAGAGGAGCUGGUGGAGGCCGACGUUGUCCAGGAGAAGGCACCAGAGGCCUCAGAGGAGCUGGUGGAGGCCGACGUUGUCCAGGAGAAGGCACCAGAGGCCUCAGAGGAGCUGGUGGAGGCCGACGUUGUCCAGGAGAAGGCACCAGAGGCCUCAGAGGAGCUGGUGGAGGCCGACGUUGUCCAGGAGAAGGCACCAGAGGCCUCAGAGGAGCUGGUGGAGGCCGACGUUGUCCAGGAGAAGGCACCAGAGGCCUCAGAGGAGCUGGUGGAGGCCGACGUUGUCCAGGAGAAGGCACCAGAGGCCUCAGAGGAGCUGGUGGAGGCCGACGUUGUCCAGGAGAAGGCACCAGAGGCCUCAGAGGAGCUGGUGGAGGCCGACGUUGUCCAGGAGAAGGCACCAGAGGCCUCAGAGGAGCUGGUGGAGGCCGACGUUGUCCAGGAGAAGGCACCAGAGGCCUCAGAGGAGCUGGUGGAGGCCGACGUUGUCCAGGAGAAGGCACCAGAGGCCUCAGAGGAGCUGGUGGAGGCCGACGUUGUCCAGGAGAAGGCACCAGAGGCCUCAGAGGAGCUGGUGGAGGCCGACGUUGUCCAGGAGAAGGCACCAGAGGCCUCAGAGGAGCUGGUGGAGGCCGACGUUGUCCAGGAGAAGGCACCAGAGGCCUCAGAGGAGCUGGUGGAGGCCGACGUUGUCCAGGAGAAGGCACCAGAGGCCUCAGAGGAGCUGGUGGAGGCCGACGUUGUCCAGGAGAAGGCACCAGAGGCCUCAGAGGAGCUGGUGGAGGCCGACGUUGUCCAGGAGAAGGCACCAGAGGCCUCAGAGGAGCUGGUGGAGGCCGACGUUGUCCAGGAGAAGGCACCAGAGGCCUCAGAGGAGCUGGUGGAGGCCGACGUUGUCCAGGAGAAGGCACCAGAGGCCUCAGAGGAGCUGGUGGAGGCCGACGUUGUCCAGGAGAAGGCACCAGAGGCCUCAGAGGAGCUGGUGGAGGCCGACGUUGUCCAGGAGAAGGCACCAGAGGCCUCAGAGGAGCUGGUGGAGGCCGACGUUGUCCAGGAGAAGGCACCAGAGGCCUCAGAGGAGCUGGUGGAGGCCGACGUUGUCCAGGAGAAGGCACCAGAGGCCUCAGAGGAGCUGGUGGAGGCCGACGUUGUCCAGGAGAAGGCACCAGAGGCCUCAGAGGAGCUGGUGGAGGCCGACGUUGUCCAGGAGAAGGCACCAGAGGCCUCAGAGGAGCUGGUGGAGGCCGACGUUGUCCAGGAGAAGGCACCAGAGGCCUCAGAGGAGCUGGUGGAGGCCGACGUUGUCCAGGAGAAGGCACCAGAGGCCUCAGAGGAGCUGGUGGAGGCCGACGUUGUCCAGGAGAAGGCACCAGAGGCCUCAGAGGAGCUGGUGGAGGCCGACGUUGUCCAGGAGAAGGCACCAGAGGCCUCAGAGGAGCUGGUGGAGGCCGACGUUGUCCAGGAGAGGGCGCCAGAGGCCUCAGAGGAGCUGGUGGAGGCCGACGUUGUCCAGGAGAAGGCACCAGAGGCCUCAGAGGAGCUGGUUGAGGCCGAGGUCGCCCCCCUUCAGAGCGCCGAGGCCCCAGAGGAAGGCCAGCAGGCUGCAGCCAUCGCUGACCUCGCGCAGGAACCCACGUCCGACGCUGCAGAGGUACCAGACGAGGCUGUUCCAUCCGAGCCAGAGCCCCUCGUCCUGGAGGAAGUGGCUACGCCUGCCAGAGGAAGACGUAGAAAGCUGAUGGACGAGGACGCGGCGGCGAGCACUCCUCAGGCAAGCCCAGCCAGGGCCACGAGGGGAGGCAGGACGCCCAGACUGCUCCAGCAGGACGCGGUGAAGACCACGCCGAGGAGAGGGAGGGAACCCAAACAGGUGUUGGCCGAGGAGCAGCUCAGUGAGGAGGUGGUGGUUGCCGCAGCUGAAGAGCCAGUCGGAGUAACUGCCCCAGCAGCUGAAGAGGUCAAAUCUGUGGUGGCAGAGGUCACUGAACCCAAACAAGGAGAAACUGUUGAGAUCCUAGAGGCAGUGAGUGCUCCUGAAUGUGCUGCUGAAUCAUCUGAGCUCACGGUUGCAUCAGUGGAGGACCAGGAAGCCAUCGCUCCAGUGGAGGACCAGGAAGCCAUCGCUCCAUCGGAAGAUGUCCAAGCCAGCGAGGCCGAAUCCACAGAGCCGGCAGCUCUUGCAGAGGGCUCAGCGGAGCCCGGGGAAGCGGAGGCUGCUCCAGUGCAGGCGGGCGACACGCCGGCGACCGAUGCCAUCGCUGAAGCCAGUCAGGACCUGCCAGAGCCUGCGCCACAGGAGGCGCCCGCCCCUGCUAAAGGAAGACGACGACGGAAGCUGGUCGAAGAGGUUCCCGUGGCGAGUCCCUCCAGGGCGAAGAGAGGAAGAGUGCCCAAGAAGUUGCAGGAGGAGGGCGCCGAGGCCAAGCCGAGGAGAGGCCGCAAGGCCAAGCAGGACUCUACAGAGCAGGCGGAGGACCAGGCCAGCGAGGUAGCAGUGGCCGCCGCAUCGGAGCCUGUCGAGGCGCCUGCGCCAGCAGAGGAGGCGGUUGCAUCCCCUGAGCCAGCUGCCGUGUCCGAGGCCGCCGAUGCUCAGGAAGAGUCUGCUGUUGCCGUCGCCCCGAAGACCACCAGAGGGCGCCGAGGUGGAAGCCAAGGGCCACCCGAAAGCCGCCCCAGCACUGAAGCUUCUGAACUUGCGGCAGCUCCGGUUGAAGAACCAGCAAAGCCUGCAGCUGCCAAGCCUGUGCGUGGACGCAGAGGCAAACAGGCCGCUGCCCAAGUGGAAGAAGCCGAAGAAGUUACGGAUAGCGAACCCAAAGCCGAAGUUAACGAGAAGCCCCAGGCUCCUGCUGCCAAGACCGGACGCGGUCGGAGAGGCAAACAGGCCACUGUUGAGGUUCCUGCCGAGACCAAGCCUGACGCCCAGCCUGAAGCAGACCGCACCACUGAAGAGCCGGAGAAGCCCCAAGCUAAGGUCACCAAAGCAGCACGCGGCCGCAAGGCUACGCAAGCUCCUGUUCAGGUGGAAGACGUGCCGGAGGAAAGUGCGACUGAAACCGCUGCAGAGCCUGUUGGUGCUGCACCUGCCGAGGUGGUGAAGUCUGGACGAGGCAGGAGGGCCAAGCAGGCACCUGCUCAGGUAGAGGAGGUUGCUGAGGAAAGCCAGCCUAGUGUUGAGCCUGCUGCUGAGGCCGAGCUUGCGGCUGCUGCUGCUGUAGCUGUCGAAGAACCAGCGAAACCCGUGGCUGCCAAAGCUGCACGUGGCCGUAGAGGCAAACAGGCGGCUGCCAAAGCGCUGGAGGAGGAGGUGGCCAAGGAAAGCGAACCCGAGGCUGAGGCUGAAGACCAAACCGCAGCCAAAGCUGAGGAGAAGCCCCAGGCUCCUGCUGCCAAGACUGGACGAGGCCGCAGAGGCAAACAGGCUCCUGCUCAGACCAGUGAGGUGGAGGCUGAAGUCCAGCCUGAUGCAGAGCAGAUCGCCGCCGCUGAGGAGCCAGAAGAGAAGCCUCAGAUCAAAGCCGCCCGCUCAGGACGUGGACGCAAGACCAAGCCGGAACCGGAACCAGCGGCAGAGAGCGAGGAGCCCGAGACACCCGAGCCCGAACCUGUUGCAGAACCAGCCGAGGUGACUGAAGAGCAGGCUCCAGCUGUGAAGUCAGGGCGCGGUAGAAAGGCCAAGACUACACCUGCCCAGGUAGAGGCUGUAGAGGCUUCCGAGCCAUUCAUCGGCAACACCGAGGAGACGGUCAGCGACGCCGCCCCCGUCAAGAGAGGAAGAGGUAGAGUCGCCAGAAAGGGGAAGGCUGUGGAGAGCGACCCCAGCACCGGCCAGGCCGCGGACGCUGAACCCACCGAGAGCAAGGUCACCAAGAAGUCUGUUAACUGGAGCGCCGAUCUGGUCGAGACCAAGUCGAUCGGAGAUGCUGAGCCCCAUGUGGAGGAGCCUCAGAAAAAGAAGACGAAGCGCGGUGCGUCUGCCCUGCCCGCUGCAGACGCCACUGAGGACUCCUCCGCAGCUGCGGUGGUGAAGCCGGCGCUUAAGGGCAGAGGUGCCGCGAGAGGCCGAGGGCCGAAGAAAACCGCUGAAUCGGUAGCGACAGAGGAGGAGGAGGCCAAGCCAGAGGAUGCUGAGCCUGUUGCCAAGACGACAGGCAGACGAGGUAGGGUAGCGGCCACAAAGGAGGUUAAGCCUCAGCCAGACGAGGAAGUAGCCGCUCCUGCCCCAAAACGCGGAGCCAAGAGGAAAGAGACGGCCGAAGUGGAGACUGAGGCAGUGGCCGACGCUGCGUCUCCCCCCAAGAGGAGGCGAGGAAAGGCGGCUACACCGGAGGAGCCUCAGGCACCAGCCCCAGCCCCGGCCACCAAAGGGAAGAGGGGAGCCGCCAAGAAGGCAGAGGAGGCGGUCGCAGAGAGGAGCGAACCCGCCGCUAAGCCCGCCCCCAAAGCCGUCCAGGGGAAGAGGAAGGCGGUAGAGGCUGCGCCCACCCUGGGGGAGGAGCCAGUUUCAGCAGAGGCACCCAAAGCUGAGUCCAGUGGUGCCCGGGCGCGAGGCCGGACGCAGAAGGCGGCGGAGACCACCACCCCGGCCAGGCGCACCAGGAGGAAAUGAAGCACUGAGUCCCCUAGGCAGCUGUAAAUAAUCCACACACGGGUUUUAAAAACGAUAUGCUUUUUUUAUAUAUGUGUAUUUUUUUAACUGGUGAUUAUGUUGACUUACAGAUUAUUUUUUUCGGUUUGUUUUCCUGUUGUGCUGGUGCAUAGAUUAUUAUUAGAACUUUUCAGACUAAUAUAUCUAUAUAUAUGGACCUUUUUGUACCUUUUUGAUGUAUUUUAUUGUGAGUGGUAGAUUUAGAUUUCCCUAAUUGUUUACAAAAAGUGUGUAUUUAGGACAAGGAAAAAAAAACUUCAGGGCAAAUUGACUUCAUAUUGUCACAAAAUGUUUGCUUUACUUGAACCAAUAGCUAAAAUGUUUUAAAAAUGUCCAGAUGUUCCAUUUUAAAUUACAUUUCAAAUGGAAAAGAGAAAUUAAAAUUGAGGAGUGAAAAUGAAUUGACAUGCCAACCAUGUGGAACGUUUUUACCCCAGCAGGCAGAAGCAGAUUUGAACGUUUCAAAUGUAAAUAUUUACUGUUAAGGCAUCUAUACCUGGUUCAACCAUUGCAACCCUCUUGCAAAAUCCAUUUCACCAAUAAAGUCAUUAUAAUUCCUCA